GGAAUUCACGAUGCCUGGCUCCUAAUCACCGCUGCAAGCACCGGUAGAGUGCCCAGGGUUCAGCCCAGGGAUCAACCCCUGGACAGUCACGCACGCGAGAUUAAACCAGCUCAAAGUGUCUACAGAGUUUAAGCUGCGCUCCCUGGGCCCACGUGCGGCCUCGGCUCGCACGGCGGAGGCGACGCUCGGGGGGAGGGGGGGCGGUGUGGGGAGGGGGGGCAUGAGCGCGCUCCCCAAGGCCAUGAGUCCGCUGAGCCCCGAGGAGCGGCUCCACGCCGACGAUUUUGCGAUGCGGCCGCCCUCCUUGAUCCCCUCCAUCUACUCAGGGGCGCCGCCAACGCCGCCGCCGCCCUCCGUCAACAUGGCCCUCCGCAGCGACCUGGGCUCCAACAUCAGCCUGCUCAAGACGCUGAACCUGCGCUUCCGCUGCUUCCUGGCCAAGGUGCACGAGCUGGAACGACGGAACCGGCUGCUGGAGCAGCAGCUGCAGGCGGCGCGGAGGCACUCGGCAAAGCAGCGCAACGUCUCCACGCAGACGGACGCCUGCUUCCCGUCGCUGGCGUCAGGCUCGGCGUGGAGCUACGCUCGGCGCGUGGGGGGGGGCGGUGCCGCCGCCGCCGCCGUGGUUGAGGCGCGCCGUGUGUCGGGGUUGGGCCUCCCCACGACGCACGACGUCGGCGUGCAGAUCGACACGAUCACGCCCGAGAUGCGCGCCCUCUACAACGUGCUCUCCAAGGUCAAGCGCGAGCGGGACCACUUCAAGCGCAAGUGGGAGGAGGAGCUGGCGCUGCGCCUGGCGCUGCAGGACACCGUGGUCGUCCUGCAGGAGGAGGCGAAGGAGGCCGAGUUCAUCCAGGACGACCUCACUCAGAAGAUGGAGCGGCUCAAGGCCGAGCUGGUCGUCUUCAAGACCCUGCUGAACGACCAAAUGACGGACCUGGACAGCCGCAUCCAGGAGAAGGCCAUGAAGGUGGACAUGGACAUCUGCCGCCGCAUCGACAUCACGGCGCGGCUGUGCGACAUCGCGCAGCAGCGCAACUCGCAUGACAUGAGCCGCAUGUUCACGUCCCUGCAGUUCUCGCCCAUCAAGGCGGUGGGGACGUCGGCCGGAGCGGGGGGCCCCGGGGGGGGGGCUGCGGGGACCCCCGGGUCGCGCAAGAAGGAGGCUCAUGGGCAGCAAGUGGGGGGCCCCGCGGGGGAGCAGCUCGAGGGAGGGGACGAAGAUCGCUCCGCCCUGACGCUUCCCGAGGGGACCGCAUCGAUGGAGGUUGUCCCGCUGGGGGUGGUGACCCCGUCCGUAGCAACGGCGCCGUUACCGGGGGCGAUCAUCAACGACGACGACGAGAACUCCACGUCCGGGAACAUCACGGACGAGAUGAAGCGCAUCAUCAACACGCUGCGAGAGACGAUGGACUUUGAGGACGACUGCGACAGCCUCGCGUGGGAGGAGACGGAGGAGACGCUGCUGCUGUGGGAGGACUUCUCCGCGUCCCCUCCCAGCGGCGCCGAGGCCUCCCCCGGCGAGAACGACGACACGGUGGAGCGGGUCAUCCUGGAGACGGAGUCGCUGCUCAAGACGCGCGAGCGUGAAUACCAGGAGACGAUCGGACAAAUUGAGCUGGAGCUGGCGAGCGCCAAGAGCGACAUGAGCCGCCACCUGCACGAGUACAUGGAGAUGUGCAGCAUGAAGCGCGGCCUCGACGUGCAGAUGGAGACGUGCCGCCGCAUGAUCGGCCACUCGCACACCGAGGAUGGGUCGACCCCCGAGACUCCGUCCGGGGAGCACGACUCUGAGGGGUCGGAGGACAGCGAUUCUGCGGAGCCUGAAGAUGCCCCGGCCUCCUGAGCACGGGUUCAACUCCUGAGCGAGGCCAUCGGAAUGCCCCGGCCUCCUGAACCCCAUUCACAGAGCACUACCCCUGACCCCAAACCUUGAACCCUGAACCCCUAAACUGAAACUCUGAACCCUCAACAUCGAAUCCAUGAAUCCUGAACCCCAUUCAUAGAGCACUACCCCUGACCCCCAAACCUUGAACCCUGAACCCCUAAACUGAAACUCUGAACCCUCAACGUCCAAUCCCUAACGCUGAACCCUGAACCCCAUUCAUGGAGCACUACCCCUGACCCCUAACCCUGAACGCCUAACCCCUCAGCCCGAAUCCCCAACCCUGAACCCCAUUCGCAAAACACUACCCUGAACCCCUAAGCCUGAACCCCAUACCCUGAACCCCACACACAUAACCCUGAACCUCUCAGCCUGAACCCCAUUCACAGAUCACUCCCCAUAACCCCAACACUGACCCCUAAACCCUGAACCAUAAACCUUAAUCUUGAUCAUGAAGCCCCCUUGAAGCCUGAACCGUGAAUGUAACGUUAUUAUAAUAUGUCACUAAGCCUUGGCCUAACGCUGACCUAAUCCUAACCCUUACCAAAUCUCUAACCCUAGGUAUAUUAUCCUUAACUGUUCAUAAAACUAACGCCCAAACCCGACCCCUACAUUAAUAUCUAAACCUACCCCCUCGUCCGACCCGUAUCCUAAUGUUGAACUCCAAUCCUGAUCCUGCCCGAAUCUCGAGCCCAAAUCCCAACACGUAAUCAGGUCACCUAUCCAGAGAGGCAGUGCUGUGGCGUGAAUCUCAAUGGGUUGACCUCAUCUCCUGGUUGAGUAGGGACACGACAACAAUCCUACGCCGAUCCUGAUCCAAAACCCCAAUUCUACCCUUAUCCUGAUCUCUAACCCCAAUCCUACACCCAUCCUGAUCACUAACCCUAUCCCCUACCCCCCCCCUAAUAAUUUUCCUGUCCCAAUACCUAACCCGAAAACUGCUCCUAACCCUACCCAAAUAUCUUACGCAAAUCCCUAACCCUAUAUCCUAGCCCUACCCGUAUCCUCUCACUUUGCCGCCUAUCCUGCCCUCAAACCCUUCCCCUAAUCCUACACCUACCCAAAUCUCCAACCCUCACCCUUACCCCAAUGUUCCGACCCGAUCCGUAUCCUAUCACUCGACCUGACCUCUAACCCUGACCCCCCAACCCAAAACCCCCCACUCUGACCCUCGGGCUUCCGACACUUGCGCCUAGCCCCAUUCGUAGCAGCGGCUCUCAUUGUGACUCUCACGGCCUAACCCCCCCCCCCCCACCAUCUCACCUGCGUAACCCCCAUCAACAAACGGGACCUCGCCUGGUAGUGAAAUGAAAUCGGCGACGCGCACCGCCACCAGCGGCCCUUCUCUUUGUAGCUGCUGCCCCCCCCUGCCCCUCCGGUCAAAGGCUCCGGAGGGAGGUGUUGGUGGGCAGCCCCUUCCGUUAGACGCGGGUGGGUGGGUGGGGGAACGGGGAAAAUCUACACGAGAGCGAGAGCAUGGAUUCCGUAACGCUACGAGGCUUGGGGAAACGUUUCGGUCGCGUUUCAUCCGCAUCUGGGUGUCGGAUUCUUGCGACGAGGACGGCGCCGUCGGUACUCGCUGCGGACGGGGCACUGGAGGAGUCCCGUCCGGUGUUGGCCGUCGUCUCCUCUGGCAAGCGCGGUGGCUCAGGCCCCAGGGGGCACACGGCUCGACGUCGGUGGUGCUGCAUGGUAUCCCUCCCCGCCCCCCCCACCUCUUCGGCAGCCCACACUGACUGGUUAGGUUAGUGUUAGGCGCUGGUUAGGUUAGUGUUAGGCUAGGGUUAGAUUAGUGUUAGGCUAGGGUUAGUGUUAGGCUAGGGUUAGGUUAGUGUUAGGCUAGGGUUAGUGUUAGGCUAGGGUUAGGUUAGUGUUAGGCUAGGGUUAGGUUAGUGUUAGGCUAGGGUUAGGUUAGUGUUAGGCUAAGGUUAGGUUAGUGUUAGGCGAGGGUUAGGUUAGUUUAGGGUUAGGUUUUGUGCAGGUGGUGGUGGGGGGGGGGGUGGUGGCGCAGCGGUUAGCGCACUGCGCCAUGAACUCGGCAACCUGAGUUCGAUUCCCACUCACGUCCCAGCCAGCAUCAGUGGUGGGUGACAUCAUCCACCAGUCGUCUUCACAACACCGCGCAAGCCGGCGUGGUGACGUAUAGUCAAAUGACCGACAUGGCAUGUGGAGGUAGAUCUUCAUCCAGCAGCAGAUCGACAGAGGAACGUUCGUUUUACGAUUGCUUACACGGAGUUGCAGCGGUCAGUGUGUCAUUGGCACGGUUGGCUCCGUCCGGUGCGAAAGAAGUUCAACGUGUACAUGCGUACAAUGUGGGCGAGAUGUUAACUACCUCGCCUGGUAUACAGGAGGUUGUGGCUUCGAUCCAGACCCGGACGCCGGAGUUUGCAUGUUCUCUCCGUGGUUGCGUGGAUUUAUCCCCAGUUUUCCCCUCCACACGCGUUUAGAGUAUUUGGCCGCUGCUAUACAUUUCCAGAUGACAAUUCACUUUCGUUGAGCCGUCAUUUGUGACGGCCUGGUUGCUUCUGAUAAAGAUCAACGUAGCUCAGUUGGGGCUUCACCUGGUGUAAUGCGCUUCGCGUGCGGGCACUUUCACACAGGGGCUGAGUGGCGGGUUCAGUGACUCUGACACGGCCAUUCUGAGUCCACCAAGAGAGAGACACCCAGACCCAGGACUCAAACCCAGGUCCUCAGCAAUGCUGGUUCAGUGUCUCUGACAUGGCCAUUCUGAGUCCACCAAGAGAGAGACACCCAGACCCAGGACUCAAACCCAGGUCCUCAGCAAUGCUGGUUCAGUGUCUCUGACAUGGCCAUUCUGAGUCCACCAAGAGAGAGACACCCAGACCCAGGACUCAAACCCAGGUCCUCAGCAAUGCUGGCUCAGUGUCUCUGACAUGGCCAUUCUGAGUCCACCGAGAGAGAGACACCCAGACCCAGGAGUCAAACCCAGGUCCUCAACACUGCUGGCCCAUCAUCGUGCUGCUGCCAAACCCCCAACAAUAGUUUCAAACGGUGUGGCAGUCCUCACUCACUCACUGAUGAUGUCUGAUCGGUGGAAGUGUCCCCACCCGCCCUCUAAAAAUGAAUGUACACCACUGGGUUCAGAAGCUCGAACAGAUGCAGACGUUCAGUCACUGGCACAGAGGAGACGAGGAAACAUCCUAGUCCAGACUUGAAAGCAGGUUCGGGGGUGGUGGUGGUGGCAAUGGCCAGAGGGGAGGGAAUUCCAGAGCCCCCUCCCCCCGCGGGCAGGUAGCAGUGGAGAAGGAGGGACCUCGGGCAAAUUAGACGGCUCGAGUGAGCGCGACGCUGGGGGUUUAACCGUCUGCUGCUGCAGAUUUAAACUUAAACUUGGGUUUUUUUGGUAAAGUCACAUCGGUAAAAAAUAAAAUAAAAAUCACGACGUUUCGGAGGCAACAGAAGCCUCCGUCUUCAGGUGGAACCGUCACAGCACGCUUGCUGUAUGCAGUCACGAAAGAUUCAAAUCUAGAAUUAAACUAUAAACUAAACUAUUUUUUAAUUACCAGGGAAUGCCCCACUGAGUUAUGCAGCUCCUUUUUGUUUCUGUCUAUAAGCGACCUGGAAUCACAAGUGAUAGCUUGGCCAGGUGGCUUAUCGACAUUACGUGGAAAUGUCUGGCAGCGGCCAAAUAUUCUGAACGCAUGUCGACGUCGAUUCGAAAUGUGGAGGGGGAAAAGAACGCGGGACCCGGAGAAAAAUCCACGUGACCACGGAGAGAGAGAGAUACGCAAACUACAAAUAUAAAGCAGGCAUCGGGGUCGGGAUCGAACCCGUGACCACCUGCAUAUCAGGCAAGGCAGUUAACAUCUCCUAGCCACAAUCAUGAGUCAAAGCUCAUGGUUGUCAAACUGAGAAGUGGGAUUUGUGCUGGUGAUGGCUUGGACAUGAGCCGAGACGGCGAAGCUAGCGAGGGUGGUGGCUCGUGCAUGUGGAGCGUCGCUUGGGAAAAUCGUUGCGUUAAUUAUGAAGGCAGAGGAAGUCGGGUUUGAUGUCUCAGCUUAGUUGCGAGCGGUCACGUGGGAGUUAAUCGUUCGUCGGGCCACGUGUGCCGGCGACAUGGUUUCGUCUCGCAUGAGGGUAGUGAUUCCACAACGAUCCGAUAGAUGCGGGAACGGAUCACUUGUUUACCAUCGGUGUUGCCUUGAGACUCGAGUUGACCGGGGAUUCUGGACCGGAGUCUCGGUCGAGACUCAACUCCAGGAGAGCGGGUCUUAGGAUCGGAGUCUCAGUUCAGACUCGGCUCCAGGAGACCGGAUCUCAGGAUCGAGAAUCUUGAAACUUAACAUCAAGAGACCGUGUCUCAGGAUCGGAGUCUCAGUUGAGACUCGGCUCCAGGAGACCGGAUCUCAGGAUCAAGAAUCUUGAAACUUAACAUCAGGAGACCGUGUCUCAGGAUCGGAGCCGGUCUCGGGAUCAGAGUCUUGAGACUCGGCUCCAUGAGUCCAGAUCUUGGGUUCGAAAAUCUUAAGACUUAACUUCAGGAAACCAGGAUCCAGAGUCUCAGUUGAGACAACUCCAGGAGACCGGGUCUCAAGAUCGUAGUCUUAAUUGGAACUGAUAUUUAAGCCGUAGUGAACCCAUGUUCCCAUGACUUUGUUCUAGGCUGUGUAUUGUCCUGCAAGUGAAACUAGACCGACUGCUGAGGAUGAUUGUUCAGUUGUGGUCAUUGCAUGUGCUGGUCCAUUCAUUAGAUAGCACGGCCGUGCUCCAUCGCGAUACCACGAAACACGCAGGGAAGGCUGCUCGCUUCACCAUGGACAGGUUACCCGAAUCACGAAAAGAUGCAAUAAACUCAAAAGCUGCU